CACACUUUCGCUCACCAUUUUGUUUGCAACGUGAAAAACCAAAAAACAGUGUCGCUCUUUUAACUAGAAAAAAGGGUGUAAAACUCACUGAAGAGACAAUUAAAACACGGAAACUAGUAAGACUACCGGUUAAGAAAAUGGACAACAUAGAGCGACUGUACAAAUGCUACGAAAUCCUGUCGGAGGCGGGUGAUAAAAUAUCCGAGCAUGUGGAGGAAUAUAAAGAAAUAAUUAAGGCCGUAAAGGGCUCAUCGAAGGAGAAACGCUUGGCAUCGCAGUUCAUCGGAAACUUCUUCAAGCAUUUUCCGGAUUUGGCCGACACAGCUAUCGAUGCACAGUUUGAUUUAUGCGAAGAUGACGACACACAGAUCCGUCGACAGGCCAUCAAGGAUCUUCCAAAACUCUGUCAGGGAAAUGCUGACGCCACGAUCCGAGUGGGCGACACUCUGGCCCAGCUGCUCAUCCUGGACGACGCCACGGAACUGCAGCAGGUCAACAACUCGCUGCUAGCUAUCAUAAAGCUGGACACCAAGAGCUCGGUCACCGGAUUGUUCCAACAGAUCACCACCGGGGAUGAAACUACAAGGGAGCGCUGUCUCAAGUUCAUUGCCACCAAGCUGCUGACCAUGGGACCCACAGUUGUAACCAAGGAAAUCGAGGACUACAUCGUGGAGGAGAUCAAGAAGGCACUGCAAGACGUUACCGCUGACGAGUUCCAUCUGUGCAUGACAAUUCUGGGAGCCACCAAACUGGGGAGCACCAUCACCGGUCACGCCGAGCUUGUUAAACUAGCCACUGAACAGGCGGAGCUGAAUAACACGGAUACGGAUAUUAUUGCAGUCGACGAUGAGGUCGUGGAGCGAUUUAUACAGUGUGCCACUGCAGCGGCGCCGUACUUUUCGAAAACCAUAAAAUCAACAGCAUUUGUGGCUCAUGUUUGCGAUAAACUGCUGCCCAUCAAGACAUGGAACAUGAUUGCCACUGCAGUGUCACAAGAUCAAAUUCAACUCAGAUUACUGAAGGUAUUUGCCGAGAUGAUAACGUAUACGGACAAGCUGGAUAAUGCCAGCGAGCGCAUUAAUGCAGUCUACCAUGUAUUACUGGAAUACAUGCCUUUGCCAAAGCUGAGCGAUGAGGAUUUGGGAGAUACCCCGCCCUCGUUUCAGUUCUCGCACGCCGAGUGCUUGCUGUACGCUCUGCACACGCUGGGAAAGAACCAUCCAAAUAGUUUAAGUUUCGUUGAGGACGCAGAGAAGCUAAAAGACUUUCGAGCUAGAUUGCAAUAUUUAGCUAGGGGUACACAGGGUUAUAUUAAGAAACUUGAGGAAGCGCUGAAGGGGAAGACAGGGGAGGAGCUGAAGACAGAGGAGAACCAACUUAAGCAGACAGCGCUGAAGACCACGUCAAACAUCAACGUUUUAAUUCGCGAUCUAUUCCACUCACCGCCCAUAUUCAAACAUGAUAUUGUGCUGUCUUGGAUUGUGCCAAAAUCGACAAAGCUUGGUAAACGCCAUGCUCCCAUUACUUUUGGGGAAAAGGCAGCUGCCAACGGCAAGGAAAAGGAUCAGGAGUCGGAAAAGAAGGCGCGGCCAUCCAACGACCAGAAGUUCUACUCUCCGCCAUCUGGAAAGUAUUCGAACAAGGUGAACCAGAACUAUGGGAACAACAAUCGGACGAGACAACGCGGCGGUGGCGGUGGGGGCUACAGAAAUCGACGAUUCAACAAGUACUAAGUAAACAAAAAAAAAAUGCAGAAAAACAGAAGCGAGUACAAUUCACUUGAAUGGUUUGUCCCUAGUCCAUAAUCUUAAAAAAAAAAACCCCAGAGAUUGGAGAGUGCAGAAUUUAAAAGAAACAGGAGAAUCUACUUCUCCACGAGAUUGAUGGUGAGUAUAACAUCCGAUUUCCAAGUAACUUUCUCCCUUUUGUUUCGUUGCAGCGCAAAGUAUUCUCUUGGAAAAUAAAUUCCACAUUUUAACAACCAUUUUCGCAUACACUCACUCAUUGCUUUUAUUAUUUUCGUGAAAAAUGUUUUUGCCACGAUUCGUGUGAAAAUUUCCAAACAACGCCACGUCCCCUACUCAUAUGAUUCCCCCUAAAAGGGAUGUUGGCUUCGUUUUGAAUUUAAAUCACGCUCAACUUUCGAUUCUGUCAAAUGCAUAAAUAUAAGAUUAUUACGAUAACCAGUUGAACGAACGAAGCAAUAUCAAUCUAAUCUAUCAAACAAAGUUUAAAGUCUGUGGAAUCACGAAUUUCCCGGAUUUGAUGAAAACAAUUUUUAAACUUCACAAAGUGUUUGUGAAAUUGAGUUCUUGUUUUAAACCUUUUAGUUUUUAUUUAACAUGUAAUCAACUCAACAAUUGUACCACGUAGAGAUGCAAAUCAGCAAAAAACCACACAGAAAGCAUACAUUUCUUGAAUUCAAUAAAAGCAACAUUAAACAACA